AUGGACUGGGUAAAGAUAGCCACUACCGUCGGUAUACUUUACCGAGAAGCUGAAGAGGAGGCUGCUGAGCUGAGGAGGAACCUGCGAGUGAGGAGAGCCAGGAUGAGGAGGAGGAGGCUGGAACGGCGUUUGGCUAUUUCAGCUUUUGUCUCUGGCAAUGAUCAAAGUCCUUCUAAGAGAUAUGCACAAGUGAAUGACUGCGUGCCUAUCCUGUUCAGAUUUUUCUCAGAGGCUGACCUAAAGCCAGCCUUUAGGCUCUCCAGGGACACUAUCAAUGUGCUGGUCCGGAUGUUGCCACGGCAAAAGCCACACGGAUGGAGCCAUGAGAUCGAGAUAGCCGUUGGUCUGUACUGGCUCGCAUGUGGCACCUUGUAUAGAGUCACAGCAGACAUCUUUGGUAUUCCGAGAGCCACUGUUGGACGAAUAGUUCACAGUGUAGUGGAAGAGAUGAUGGCCAUCCUGCACAACAUAAUUCAUUUCCCCAAGCCAGAUGAGAUGGAGGAGGUGGGGGCUGGCUUUGCUCGCAUGGCUGGUCAUGAGGCCUUCCGCUAUGUGGCUGGUGCAAUAGAUGGAUGCCACAUCCGAAUUCUCCCACCUGCUGAACCACAAAAGAGGUGCUACAUAAAUCGCAAGCUCUUCCCUUCAGUUAUCCAUCAGGGGGUGUGUGACAGCAGAGGGAAAUUCCUGGAUACAUACGUUGGCAACACGGGGUCAGUCCAUGACGCCCUGGUCCUCCGGAGGUCUCCGAUGUACAAGGAGUCGCUGUAUCCACCAGCUGGCUUCUUUCUCCUUGGAGACGGGGGAUACCCAUGCCUGCAGCGUCCGGUCACCAUCAUUACGCCAUACCGCCAGCCUGUAGCGGGCCAAGUUUAAGCACGCUUUAACAAGCACCAUGCCAAGGCCAGGAGCAUCAUUGAGCGCUGCUUUGGCAUGGUUAAAACCCACUGGCGAGCAAUUUUCCUGAGUGCUUUGGAGAUCCGGCCUCUAUUUGCCCCCAAAGUCAUCUCGGCAUGCUGCAUCCUCCACAACCUUUGUCUGUCGACAGGCGAUAUUCUGGAGGAGGAGGAGAAGGAAGAAGAGGAGGAGGAUGAAGAACAUCAGGG